AUGAAUAGCAGUUUGAGAAGCAAUCCUGCUUUUCAAAGAUUACUUGAGCAAAAUAAAUCUGGUUUGCCAACAGGAGCAUUAUCAUCUUAUGCACAACAAUGUGCAAAUAUGAUUCGAGAUAAUCGAGAUCAAGAAAAAAGAGCAAUUGCUGAUCUCAACAAUCGAUUGGCGAGAUAUAUUGAAAAAGGUAUAAUAAAAAUGUUUUUUUUAUUAUAAUUAUAUAAAUUUUUGUCAAUGUUUAGGUUCGAUUUCUUGAAGCACAAAACCGUAUUUUGAGAAGUGAUAUUGAUCUUUUCGGAAAAGCUGCACAACUUCAUGGAGCAAAAGUUUCGGUAUAUUAUGAAAGUGAGAGAAAAUCACUCGGAACAUUAUCACUCGAACAAAAAACCAAGAUUCAAUCUGCUGAACAAACAAUCAGAAAAUUGACACCAGAAAUUGCCAGUAUACAAAGAAGUUUGCAAGAUAUCAAAACUGGUCGUGGACAUUCAAAAAAAGAUAGACAUGAUCAAAUGAAAAAAUUGUCGAAUCUUGAAGCCGAGGUAAACUAUAAGAAUUCAGAUCUCAUUCGAAAACCAUAUAUUUUUAGAAUGCAUACAUCAAACGAUUGAUCACCGACUCUGAAAAUGAUAAAAUGGUUGUGAACAAUGAAAAUAGUGUCAUCAAAAGUGAAAUCAGAAAAAUCCAAGCUCUCCGUGACAAACAACGAAGUGAAGGUGCAAACAUCAACAAAAAUAUGAGUGAUCAAAUUAGACGAGUCAAUGAAUUGAUUACAUCAAAUGAAAUUCAAAUUCGUGAAGAAAUUGCGAAUGCUAGAAGAAAUACAACUGAAAAUAACAGUGUUUACUUCCAUAAUGAACUACAAUCUGCUUUGAGAGAUGUUCGAGAACAAUUUGACAAGGUAUGUAAUUCAAAACUUGAUGUUAUUUAAAUUGAGACGAUUGUAUUCCAGGACUCUCGAAUCCAUAGAAACGAAUGGGAAAGCUGGUACCAACAAAAAAUCAUUACCAUCAAGAAAAAUUCAGAAAACUUCACACAAGGACAAUCAAACGCUAGAGUGAGUUUGAUUAAUUUUUAUUUGAUGAACAUCAAAAAUGUUUCAGGAAGAAAUCAUUCGUAUUCGCAAUCAAUAUAAUGAUCUGAAAAAGAAAAUCAUUGACAUCGAGAGUGAAGUAAGUUAAAAAUGAUUUUCAAGAACCUCAUCUGAGAUAAUAAUUUUUGUAGAAUGUCAAAUUGUCAAAAGUCAUCGAGGAGAUUCACUUCCAAUCCGCAGAAGCAGAAAGAUUAUUCGAGAGUUCUCUAACAGAAAGAGAAGCGGCUAAUCAAAAAAUGCGUGAUGAAUGCACCAGAUUAUCCCUUCAGUUGGAUAAAUUAUGCGACAAUCACACGGUAUUUUCAUCUGAAAGAGAACGAAAUCUCCAAAAAAAAAAACGUUUUAUUUUCAGAACUUGCAACAAGAAAUCGCCCAUUACAAAAAACUUAUUGAAUCUGCUGAAUACCAUACUUCAUCGAGCAAUGUUUUAAUAGAAAGUUCAGUUCCAGUCGUCAGACUUACGUCUUAUCACAGCCACGGAGAAGCAUUGAAUAUCAAUCGAACUGAGCCAAGUUAAUACAUUUCCAUUUGUUGUUUUUGUCACUUCAAUUUUCCUCAAUUAUGUUUUGUGUUUGAUGAAGAAUCAUCCAUUUGUUGUCUAAUAAUACUUUGUUGUUAAAUGUAGUGUAGUUCGUAGAAAAUUAGAUAAAAUUUACAGUUUAUUCACCAUCAUACUCCUCAAAUCAAGCCGAAACUUAUAAGUCACAUCAUAAAGGACAUGUGAAAAUUAGAGUUAGUUGAAUUGAGAAAAAACAUUUUUGAGAACUAUUUUGUUUAGAAAGUUGAACGUGAUGGAACAGCAGUAGUAAUUGAGAACACAAAUGGUGUUGUCUCCCAAGAUAUGGCUAAUUGGAAACUAAUGCAAUAUGAAAAUGGAUCUUUGAAUUCUUGCUAUAUUUUCCCAAUCCCAACUUUCAUCCAACCACUAUCAACAAUCACUGUAAGCAUUAUUUUUGAAAGUGUUUGGUUUGAUUUUUCUUAAUUUUCAGGUAACAACUUCAAAAUCAACAAAUUUGCUGAAUGAAUAUGUUGCCUACUCGGUGGCUUCAUUUGAACUCACAAGAAACUCAAAACUUGUUCUUUGUAAUGAGCUUGAUGAAGAAGUCAGUUGGAUGUCACACUAUUCAUACAAUCAUUAG